UGUUUGUUUUGGCUAAAUCAUGAAGCUAAAAUGGACAUAACCUCGAAAAUCCAGUUGAAUUUUAUCAUGGCGAUGAUUAUCGAUGGCCGUGUUUUUUCCAAAACUUUACGAAAUUGAUUGUUUGAUUUUUUGUAAAAUUUUGCAAAUUUAUCGUUAAAGAGGAACAACAUUAUAGUUACUUUCUCUGGCUUUUCACCAACUUCAAAAAUGUCCGAACGUAAAGUUUUGAACAAAUACUACCCCCCGGAUUUUGAUCCCUCGAAAAUACCUCGCAUGAAGCUCGCCAAAAAUCGACAAUACACGGUGCGUUUGAUGGCCCCCUUCAACAUGAGAUGUAAAACCUGUGGAGAAUACAUCUACAAAGGAAAAAAAUUUAAUGCUCGUAAGGAGGACGUCGAGGGUGACGAUUACCUCGGGAUACGGAUUUAUCGAUUUUACAUCAAGUGCACGAGAUGUCUCCAGGAGAUAUCCUUCAAAACAGAUCCAAAAAACACUGAUUACGAGAUCGAGGCGGGAGCGACAAGGAACUUUAUGGCGUUAAAAUUAGCUGAGGAGCAGGCUCAGAGGGAGGAGGACGAGGAAAAGGAGGAGGAAGCGACAAAUCCCAUGAAGCUAUUAGAAAAGAGGACACACCAAUCCAAACAGGAAUUGGAACUACUCGAGUCUUUGGAGGAGUUGAAGGACCUGAACAGACGACAACAAACGAUUAAUUAUGAUGAGAUGCUGGAGCAGUAUAACACCGAGGCUGCCAGGCAGAGGACCAUUAAAGAGCAGGAGGAAUUGGAUGAGGAAUAUGUUCAAUCUGUCUUCAGUAAGAAAAGAUUGACUGGAACUGUUUUAGAAGAGGAGAUUGUUGAGCUGAAUGAAUCCGGAGGGACAUCGAAAAGGGCGAAGAAGAUGCAGAGGAUGAGUUGGACUGCUGUAAAUUCCAGUGCAAAAUCCCAUGAUAAAGCAGGUCUAACGAUUCAGAGUAUCAUGACGAAACCCAGCGCCGUGACAUCAUCAUCUUCGUCCGGGGAAGGUCCCAGGAGCUGGUCCUCGGCUUCUACUAUACUUCAAAAUACGAGCGAUCAUUUGAUUAAAAAAAAAGAGAGUUUAGGCAUUGUUGUUGCUCGACAAAAUGAAAAGGAUUCGAAGAUUAAAUUACAAAAUGGGACUAAUUAUCCAAGCAAUUCGAGUAAUGGGGGUUUGAAUGGCGACGGGAAUAAUAAGAAUGGAUUGUCGUUGCUCGGCGCAUACUCUAGAAGCAGUGAUGAUGAUAGUAGCUACGAAGAUAGUUAAUCAAAUAGAUUGAUUAAUUUACACAUAUUUUUUUAUGAAUUGUGAAGACGACUGGGAAAUAAUUAUGAUGAAUAAAAGUCGAUUAAAUACAAA